AUGCCCCAUCGGUCGCACCAUGCUCGUAAUGUCAAAACAACACAUUACACGGACUCGAACCGUCCUUUAUAUAUCCCAACAGUUAUAUACGAAGAACCACAUAACUGGGCUGGUAGAGCCAGCAGCUCACUAGCUCGUCUCUUAACCAAGUAAAGUCCUCACUCACAUUGUUUCAUA